AUGCCUCUUGGCUGUAAGUCUCUCUCUCUCUCUUUGCUAGUGAAGAGAAUCAUAAUUGUAGUCACAGACACAGUCACAAUUACAAUCAAAAUCACGGUCAGAAUUACGAUUAGAUGCAGCCUACCUAAAAACAUUAUAAAGAAAAAGGUUAUUUAUAUAAUAGUUGGCGCUAUUUUAAAAGUGGAAUAUAAUAUAAUCCAAAGCCAUUCGACUGGACGGCAGUACAUUAGGAAAGAUGUAAUUAAUGUAGAACAAGAGAUAGAGAAAGAAGAAGAAGGGUUUAGUGAGUUAAUGAAUAAGGUGAAUAAGCCAAUUCUAGGCUUGUGUUUCUCAGUCAAUGUUGAUUGGGCAGACAUUAUCGUUGUUACCGUUACCGUUACUGUUACUGCUACUGUUACGAUUACCAUUACUAUUGAUAGUGAUAGUACUACUGAUAGUACUAUUGAUAUUGACAUUAAUAUUGACGUGGAUCCAAAUUUAUAUGUAGACUUGGAUACGGUUGCAAUGUUACUUUGUUGCUAG